UGACGAUCUAGAUGUCAUAUGUGGCUUUCCCCGAGCUAACGUGCUUCAGUAAAUGCUGUAAAUUAUGGCUAUGAAUCACCUGAGUCUGCUGCGGCCUCUGCUGUGUCAGUCCCUGUUGCGACAGCUCAGGUCUCCUCUCGUGGCCACCUCCAGGGUCAGUGAACCACGACUAUACCCCAACUCCAUCUUCUACCCCGCUGCAUGCACGAGGCUCUACGCCACAAAGAAGUCAAAAGCCAAGGCAAAGGGCCAGUCAGCUAAGGUGAAUAUUAAUUCGGCUCUGGUGGAAGACAUCAUCAGUCUGGAUGAAGUGAAGGGGGACAUGACAGCUGUUCUCAAUGUACUCAGAGACGACUUCACACGCAACCUCAGCAUCCGAUCCUCGCCAGGAGCUCUGGAUCACAUUGUGGUGACGACUCCAGAUGGAAAGUUCCCUCUCAACCAGCUGGGACAGGUCUCCAUGAAGUCCCCUCUGCUCAUGAUGGUCAACAUGAGCAGCUUCCCAGAGGCUACAGCGGCUGCCACCCGUGCCCUAAGAGAGAGUAGCAUGAACCUUAACCCAGAGGUGGACGGGACGAUCAUCAAGGUGCCCGUUCCCAAAGUAACGCGUGAGCACAGAGAGAACCUCACCAAGCUGGCCAAGCAGCUGAGCAACAAGGCGAAAGACUCCCUGAGGAAAGUGCGAUCUAACGCUAUCACCCAGGUCAAAAAGACGAAGGAAGCACACUCGGAGGACACCAUUCGACUUGUGGAGAAACAGAUUCAGCAGAUGACGGACAGCGUCGUCGUGGACAUUGACAAACAGCUUGCAGCCAAGACCAAGGAGCUGUUGGGCUGACUGGGACCAUUAAGAGGUGUUUGUAAUAUUUGGGUUGUAGCUGAAUCUACACUUAACUGAAGCAGCAGGUCCACCCUGUGGUGUUUAUAACAGACAGCGACUCAAUCAGUAUUCCGUGCAUCCUGUUCUCAUCGUCCAAAAGCUUCACACAGACCAAUGAGUCCCGGUUCUGUUGUACAUGUUUUGGCAGAAACUGGGCUUUGGUUCUGGCCCACAACUCUGGCAAAGAUCUCCUCCUCGCUGCUGGGUGAUAUCUGUGUUUAACCAUCACUACAUAAACAAAAAUUGGCACGGAAACAACAACAACAACGACAGACCGCCAGUCAACUCCCUCCUCCCUUGCUACUCUUCCUGUCUUCAAACAAACACACCGAGCUCGGGACGAAUGGCCUUUUAAUAGGAUUUGUCGGCCUCCUCCUGAUCAAACCCCUUGCCACAAGGGCUGUCUGUUUACACAAAACAAGCGCACCCGUCUGAGUGUAAACUGGCUGCGGGUUUGUCUUGGUGGCAAGAGAGAUGGAGAGAAGGAGAGAGAGAGAGAGGGAGAGAAGGUUUGUUCCAGAGACGGAGGAUAUGAUUAGCGUGGUGCCAAACAUUUGUUUCACAUUGAUUCAAAGUCUGUUAAAGAAUGCACUUGAGUAGAAAAAAGCUUUUAAUUUCAGCACAUGUCUAGAAUUGAUAAUAUGGCUACUCCUCGACAAUAAAGUCGGGAAAGCAACAUUAUUGAUGGACUCCAUUAAAGAAACACUGCUUUGUA